AUGGGAAGCCAAAUCCAUCCAUACCAUCCAAACAGGGAAGGCCAAAUUUCUCCAUUCCAUGAGGCCAUGACCCUGGAUGAUCGCCACCAUGUGCUUCCGGGCCUGAAGGAAUUCGUGGGCGAAGGUUUGAUUCCAGAUGCACCUCCCGAACCUAGCAGGACUCCCAAGAGAAAGAUCUCGGUCAGCAUGACCAGGGCUGUGAGCAGUGCGACACGGAAGCCCAACGCGGAGUUCAAACAGCUCCCGAAGACGGUGUCAGGUGCCUGGCGGCGGCAGGCGCUCUCAUUGGCGGAGGAGAUGCGCAAGGACAUGGCUGAGGAGGUGGCGAUGGCCAAGACCAACAUGUCCUUCCGCCGGGGCUUGUGGUGGCUGCGGCACCUGGUAGGGCUCCGAUCCAUGAAUCGGCCCUACAAGGCCAUGUUGAUCAGCUUUUGCCUGAUGGCUGUGAUUGUGAUGGCUGAAGCCAUUGGCCUCCAUGGGCAAAUCGAGCUACACGAGCGCACGGCCACUGCGGAGAUGAACCACCCCUUCUUUCGGCACGUGCGGAACUAUGGGCUGGUGGUCAGUGCUGGCUUUGGUCUUUUGACGCAUCACUUUGGCGUGAAGUUCUCCGACGUGGGCUUGCCAUCAGGGGAACAAGAUGAACUCCUUCAAGCGCACUCUGUUGGUAUGGGCUAUGUCCAGCCAUGGAUCUUUGUAUCCAAGCGGAACAGCAGGUUCUUGGGGAGUGCCUGGAUGGCGUCGAUGCUGUUUGGUGCGGCGUCGGAGAUCUACAAGACCCGACUGUAUCCGGGCACAUCAGCUAUACAAGCCACUAGGCAGUGUGGUCUUCAUCUCUUGCGCUUCGGUCGUGUGCGCCUUGUGCAUGCGGAUCAUUCACAUUUGCUCUGCAAUGAAAACCAGCUUGAUUCGGUAUAUGCAGAACCUGGCCCAAGACGACAUUGA